AUGCGCCGUCAUCAACAGGCAUGGCAGCCCGCAAGCUGGCGCUCUGCAGCGGCGCUUUUUCCCGCUCUUCUCAGCAUCAUGCUCGCCAGUCUGCCAAGCACAACGGCAGUCAACACAGGCAUUGGAGGAACCGAGAUGCUUUACACCUCGUCGGCGGUCUACUGCAGUCCUCCUGAAGCCAUCUUGAUAUCCGCCCUCGAUCUCAAGUUCUACCGUGAGAACCGCACCCUCGAGUUCGAUAUUUCGGCCGCUUCGGUCCAGGAUGACCUCCGAGUCUCGGUCAACGUCAAUGUCAACGCCUAUGGACUCGGUCUAUUUUCGCUCGCCAUCGACCUUUGCGACACCGUUCCAGCAUUAUGCCCGCUCCCCAACUAUCAGUUCGCCGGUGCCGGCGUGUUUGCAGUACCAGAACAAUUCGUUCAAAAGAUCCCUUCCAUCGCCUUUCAAGUCCCCAACCUCGAAGCGGUAGUAACGGUCGAGCUUACGGAUCCCAACAACACCGUCGUCGGCUGUGUUCAGGCUACGCUGUCCAACGGAAAGACAACCUACCAGCCAGCCGCCAAGUGGGCUGUCGUCGGCGUCUUCCUGCUGGCCUUCGGUAGCUCGUUGCUGCACACCUCGCUUGCCUCGUCGUUGGGUGCAGCUCAGUGGCGCAUUGUCGACGUCUUUACUACAAUUCAGCACAUCCCUAUGUCGGCGCUGCUCAGCCUCAACUAUCCUCAGGUUUUUCUCGAGUUCGCACGCAACUUUGCAUGGUCCAUCGGCCUCAUCAACAUUCAUGCUGUUCAGAGGUCCAUCUUGUCCACGCGCGAAAAGACCGGAGGCGCCCAAGAUGGCACCUUUGGCGCGCUCCUCCAGGCUGAGUCGGGGAAGCAGUUCAAUCCCUUCACCAGCGCUGGCGUCGCUUCGGGCGCUUCCUCGGCGUAUACCUCCACGCGACCUUUCUCGUUCCUCAGCCUGCCUGCGAAUGCUGGACAACAGGCCAACGCGAGCAGCAACAGCAGCAGUAGCAGCGCGUAUGCCGCCUACAGCCGAUUGGUAGAACCAGUGAGCUUCCAUGUGAGCAACCUGGGUAAGCGCCAGGUGUAUGCUCCCUAUACUGGACCCGGCGGCCAAAUUGCCCAGAAUGUCGGCUCUGACUACCUCCCCGUCAUCUCGUCCAACACGCCGCCGCCCAUCGGGUUGGGCUACUUUGCCGAGCUCAACAACAUUUCGCCCAAAAGUGCUUUCCUCACCGUCCUCGUCAGCUUGGCCAUGCUAUUCGCCAUUCUCAUCGCCGUCUGCAUCGUCGUCUAUGUGUUUGCAGGCGUCUUGCGCAUCAUCACGCUCCGACGAAGUGGACGUGUCGCCGCCUGGUCAUCCAGACUCACGGGCCGACCGUUCUUGGGCAUGUUUUGCAGGCCGCUGUUCGGACGCUUCAUUAUGGCCACUUUCCAGCUCUAUCUUGUCUUUGCCUUCUGGCAGUGGCUGCGAGGCGAUUCGUGGGUACCCGAUUUCCUCGCCGCCAUCCUGCUCGUUGUCUACCUGGCCGGUGUCGCGUUGAUCUACGCACCCGUCUUCUUCGCCUCUCGACGCAUAGGCAAGGAAGAACUCUUCUACGGCUCUACCCCACCGGCCAACGCAGGACCCGUAGCGCGGAAAUGGGGAGCCAUCGCGCAUCCGUUCCGCCCUCGUUUCUUCUGGUUCGGCCUCGUCUUCUUGCUUGUCUACUUUGUCCGCGCGUGCUUCAUCAGCUUCGCUCAGGGCUACGGACACGGGUUGCGGCAGUCGAUCGGUCUCGCAGUGACGGAUCUGCUCUUCUUCCUGGUGCUGUGCAUCUGUCGACCGGGCCGCGACAAGACGAGCGACUUUGUCAUGAUUUUCCUUCUGGUCUUCCGGGUCGCUUCGUGGGGGAUCUGCAUCGCGCUGACGCCGCUGGCGAAUAUCGAGACGAUUCCGAGGGUGGUGCUGGGAUUUGCGCUGAUCGUCGUCACGGGUGUUCCGAUCGUCUUCCUGUUCUUGCUGACCGUGUGGGAUCUGUUCUCACCAUUCCUCCGUAAGAGGCAAUGGAGUGCAACGAGGAUCGGCGAUGCCGAGAUGCACAACAAGGAGACGGAGUAUGCGUUUGGUGCGGUUGGAGGAGCGGAAGCGGGUGCGGGUGGUGCGCAGCUGGCAGCGUCGCACGGUCAGAGUGAGGCAGAGAGCGUGCCGAGUGGUGCUCGGUCAUCGCAUAGCGCGACGUCAAGCGAGAAUGGAGCGGGGCCUGAAUCGCAUUCGAGGCAAGUGCCGACGUCAACACCUGCAACCGGCACGGGCGCUGCUGCUGGCGCUCCAGCCGCCGCCGCAGGCCAGCCGGUCGAGCACGACGCCAAUCCCACGACAGCAGAGCAGCAACGGCAGCAACAGCACCUAUCGAGACCUCCCCCCUUACACGCCAACUCUGCCGUCUCGAACGUGUCCGGGCAAACCGUCUACUACGACGCCCGACCAUAA